GAAGUGUGACAGAAAGUCACUUUGUUUUUAUAUUUCAAAACAAAAAAUCCUAGGGGUGGAGCCCGUCAUGGCGCAGCUGUGUGGGCUGAGGCGGUACUGGGCACUCCUCGCCCUGCUGGCAUCGCUGCUCUCUCCCACUGAGGCGGUGGCCGAAGGAGAAUGUGGCGUCCAUGGAAGAUACAAUGUCACUGACGGAUCCUGCCAGGAGUUUGUGUAUGGAGGCUGUGGAGGGAAUGACAAUAAUUACAUGACCAAGGAGGAGUGUCUUGCAAAGUGUGCUGGUGUCACAGUAAACACCAUCAAUGAUCUGUCCAGGAAUGGAGCAGAUUCCUCUGUCCCAAGUGUUCCCAGAAGGCAGGAUUCUGAUGACCUGUCCAGUGAUAUUUUCAACUAUGAAGAAUACUGCACUGGGCUUCCCUGGUGGCGCAGUGGCUGAGAGUCCGCCUGCCGAUGCAGGGGACGCGGGUUCGUGCCCCGGUCCGGGAGGAUCCCACAUGCCGCAGAGCAGCUGGGCCCGUGAGCCAUGGCCGCUGCGCCUGCGCGUCCGGAGCCUGUGCUCCGCAACGAGAGAGGCCACAGCAGUGAGAGGCC